CCCAGCGCCCUCUGACGGCGACGCCACACCGACUGGAUUGGGUCCGGAGCUGCACGCUACUCCGACCGGCAGCGCUCCGGCGACACCUCAGGAGGCCAGGGUAGACGCCCCUCAGCCCAGGCCAUUGCCUAUGCCCGAGUAUGGCGGUUACUUCGCACUCCUUACCGAGUACUUACCUGACAGCAACCAACCUAUAUCAGGAUUCCACAGAUGCAACGUCGCGGUGAUGUUGCUAUGUGACGUGGUACUGGACGGCGUCGAGAUCGACUGGUCCAUACAUGUACCACUUAUGCUGCAUAUAGUAUUUCUUGGAAUGGACCAUACAAGAUGGAUAGUGCACCAGCACUGCCGGCAGCUGCUGCUGAACCUGCUGGUGGCGGUGGCGGCGCACCACGACCACCUGACGGUCGCGCGCACGCUGCUCGCCAGCCGCAGCGCCCAGCUCGGCCUCGCGGUCACCGCGCCCUCCCUGCCGCUGCUGCAGCACAAUUUCACUGAGCCGGACGCGACAUUUGAUAAGACGACGCAAUGCGCUCACUCCCCGCGCGCUACCCCACGCUCCCUUAGCACUGAUCCCCAAGUCACACCUGAAGGUGAGGCGGACAAGUACCCGUCGUUGCCGGUGAUCAUAACCGGCGAGGCUGAGGCGGGUGAGGCGGAGGGCGAGGGCGGGCUGGAGGCGGGGGACAAGGGGGAGGCGGAGUUGCCCGUCGCUGACGUCAUCAAGUCCCUGGUGCACUUCCUUGCCAACAGGCCCACGCACAUGCCCCUGUGGCAAUAUGAAGACAUCACAGCUAAAGUGUGGAGCUUGCGCAGCUGCCAGCAGAUGGCGACGUUGUUGCGACACACGCUGCGAGUAUUCCGCGAGUCUCUGCCUCACGCGCUGGUGUCUGAGAGGUGGGCGCAGACCGCGCUGCAGCUCGGCCUCUCCUGCCCCUCCAGACACUACGCAGGAAGAUCCCUGCAGGUGUUCCGUUUCAUCGGAGUGGCGAUGACGGGUCGCAUGGUGACGGACAUCCUGUCUCGUCUCGUGGAAACGGUGGCGGAGCAGGGCGAGGAUAUGCAGGGCUACGUCACGGAACUGCUUCUGACUCUGGAAGCUGCGGUCGACUCCCUCGAAUCCAAUUUCCGACCGCUCGACUAUAUGCGCGACAUCUUCAAGUCUACACCGAACCUGAACAACAAGGAUGGCGGACAGCAACCCAACGGAACACCAUUUACCGCAGGCAAGCGGUCGCCGGGCGUAUGCGUCGGUUGUGCGAGCAAUCACACACGCAGCACGAGUUACUCCGUGUCCGCGCCAUAUUGUGUGCGCAAACCCAACGCCCCGCCCACCAACGCGGACAAACAGUCACACGAUCGCAGUCGACCGUGCAGCGACUCAUCCAAAGGAUGUUCGAACUUGUGCCGCUCACGAUCCGCGCAGUCUCUCAAGCUGCUUGGAGACAGUGCAACGCAGGACGACAAACUGACGAUCCUGGCGACGUUGUUCUGGGUCGGUGCGUCACUCCUGGAGUCUGACUACGAGCAUGAGUUCCUGCUGGGAGUGCGGCUGCUGGCUCGUGUCAUGGCCCGUUUGCCUCUCGACCGGCCCGAUGCCCGCGACCGCCUCGACCGCACACAAGCGCACGCCGCGCCCGCCCUCCACUCACUCCUCCUCAAGGGUUGUACUCAUCCCAACACAUACGAGCCGGUAGUUGGUGUGUUAGCGGAUAUGAUCCCACUGUUGGAGCUCCCCGUGAUUGAUCCCACUCAGUCCAUGGCCUUCCCCAUGACUGUGGUGGCAUUGUUGCCAUACAUGUUGUUACACUAUGAGGACGCGACAGAGCUAUGCGUCAGAGCGGCAUGUCAUAUCGCACAGUUCACAGCUGAGAAGAGUAAGAAGCUGGAGAACCUGGGCACGGUGAUGACGUUGUACUCCCGCCGCACCUUCAGCAAGGAGAGCUUCCAAUGGACCAAGUGCGUCGUCAAAUAUCUCUGGGACACCUACUCGCAUCUCUCGCUACAGAUGCUCGCUUUCCUCGUUGAAGUGCUGGAAAAGGGUGCAGCGAGCCUGCAGCCUGCAGUGCUGUCCAUCCUACACUGCAUGCUGCACUACGUGGAACUGAACGCGCCAGCUGCGCAAUCAGUCAACGCUGAUCUCCUUCGUGCAGUAUCCAAGUUCAUUGGUCAAGAUAAUAAUAAUUACAAGGAGGCGAUGAAAAUUCUCAAGCUGGUGGUAACUCGGUGUUCAACUCUAGUCGUGCCCCCGCACUGGGACAGCCACGCCUCCUCCAUACUCGAUACUGAUCUGCACGGCAAGAAGGAGUUACCGGGCCGUACUAUGGACUUCACUUUCGACCUGUCUCAGACGCCGGUCAUCGGCCGCAAGUACCUGCCGAAGAGCGGCAGUCAGCCACCAACAGGACCUAGUUCCUUGUCCAAUGCAUCCUCAACGACUCCUGAUAAAGGUUCAUCGACAUCGGGGUCUGCGUCAACAGUGGUAGGUCCGGAGAGCGGCGGGAGAUGCGCCGGCGCAGGCAGCAGUGUGGCGGGGGCGGGGGCGGGGGCGCACAGCGCAGCCUCCCCUCGCCGCUCCCUCUCGCUCUCACCCGCUGACGCCCUCGCCUCGGGGUGGAAACGCCCCUGGAUGUCGCAAAGCCGCGUGCGGGAAUGUCUUGUUAACCUCUUGACCACAUGUGGGCAAAGAGUAGGCCUGCCCAAAAGUCCAUCUGAUGAUUUAAUAACCACUUUAUGUUCUAAGGUGAUAUUCAGCCAAAGCUCGGAGCUGUUGGAGCGAGAGUCGUCGAUGACGUCAUCGUUGGAGGAGGUCUCCGGCACGCCCGGCAACGAGCCCUCCGGCGGCGCUCCGCCCACUGACCACUUCGGUGUCUUUAAGGACUUUGAUUUUCUUGAAUAUGAAAGCGAAAGCAUAGAGGGCGAGAGUUCUGACAACUUCAAUUGGGGCGUUCGCCGGCGACUGCCGAGUGAGGAGCGGCCGGCGGCGGGCUCGGGGGCGGGGACGAGCGCUCUAGACCGCAGCCCCCCACCACAGCGUGCGAGGCAUCACCACCAUAGGCUGUUAGGGCACGAGGACUCAUCCGACGAGGAGGGCGUGUGGGAGGAAGGCGGGGCGCGCGGAGAUGCGGACGCGAGUGGAGCCGGGGCCGGGGCCGGGGGCGGAGCGCACGAGCUCAUGCUGCGUACACGCGCACACUCCUUUUCCAGCGCCUCCAGUGGUGAGCCCGAUGGAGAGCGCGGCGAUGUGACCCCAGUGCCGAGCGGUGGAGGAGGUGGGGGUGGUGUUAGCGGAGGUGUGGCCGCGAGCAUCGCGUGCGUGGCUACAAGCGCCGCGCUGCGCGACGCUUGGCGCUGCUCGGUGGCCGCUCUGCUGCGUCACGCUGCACAUCUGCCGCCGGUAGCUCUCGUGCACCGGCUGCACACCGUGCUCAAAGAGGUGACAUGCAAGACUGUGUCGGUGUGCGGGGAGAGCGCACUGGGGGGCGCGGGGGCGGGCGAGCUGGCGGCGGUGGUAGCGCGGCUAGCGGGGGAGGAGCCACCGCUGCUGUGGGCGGGGCCUGCAGCCGCGGAUUGUGCCCGCGUGCGCGAUGCCGUGCGUUUUGCAGCUUUAGAGAUCAAUGAACAUCUCGAGACGUACUUUGAUCGACGCGAACACGCACUAGAGAUGCUGGAGCUGUCCCGCAGCGGCGAGGAGACAGCGCGCAGCCUUUACAAGCUCAUCUUCCAGUUGUUACUUCUGCUCGAGACCAACAACAAGAUGGUUGUCGCCGUCUAUCACGCGGCACUCGAUAAUAGGGGUGUGGAGAUGAGUGCUGCUGUGUGUGCAGUGCGCAAUGCCCUCGCCGCCAGCGCUGCAGACUCGUGGGGUGAGAUAGGCGAGGUGUGUGAGGGGGCGGAGCGGGGAGAGGGUGGCGAAGUGUCCACCUCCUCCUCGCCUGCCCCCACCCACCACGACGACGCCAAGCUCUCUCAUCUGAUGCAGCGACAGAGAUGGGCGGCCGCGUUGGCGCUGGUUCGUGAGCGUAAUGCCGAGCGUAUCUUGGAGCGCGGGGAACUCCCUGAGGAUGACAUCACCAGCUUACUGCACGUCUACUGCAAGGGUCUCGCACAAGCACAUCCAGAAAUGGUAGCCAUCACUCGUCCGGUGAACGAGUUGUCGCAGAACUUGUCCUUCAUGAUGGAGAGUCUGUACAAGGUGUCUGUGGCACUGCAGCGUCAGGACUACUGAUGCCAACGCCAGCGACCUCCCCGCGCGCCCCCCACCGCAAGGCGCGCUAAAACCACCUCUAAAAUCCAUGGCCAUGUAUAAAAUGACCAUAGACUCCAAAAAUGUCAAUGUCAAACUCAUCUGACAUUUCUCUUACCAGAAUGUGUCAACUAGAUCUGACAGUAAUGCGUUACAAAUGGGGAGAAAAACUAAAAAAAAAAUUAUAAUCUAUCUUAAAAUUACUACAUGUUUUUGAUU